UACUAGUCCGGAAGCCAACGAUAUUCCCAGCUCACUCUCACCUGCAUACUCAAGCCCCGCCGAUUCAUCCCUUCGUCUCCGCAAUUUCCUCUUCCCUCUCCUCUCCACGAUGAUCUCCGCGCCUCAAGCCCCGGCGACCUCUGUGUUCGGCAGGGCUUCCUCCUGCUCCUCCCGAAGGGCCACGGUCCGCUGCGCGGUGGCCGUCGCGUCAGCGGCGCCGGCCAGUGGGUGCACGCUCUACGAGGUGCUUGGACUCCGGGCCGGCGCGACUGGCGGCGAGAUCAAAGCCGCGUACCGGCGCCUGGCGCGUGAGCUGCACCCUGACGUGGCGGGCACGGCCGGCGACGACUUCAUCCGGCUCCACGAUGCCUACGCCACGCUCGCCGACCCGGACGCCCGCGCGCGCUACGACCGCGACGUCGUCGCCCAGGCAUACGCGCAGGCGCCCGCCUCCAGGACGUCGCCGCACAGUGUCUGGGGACGGCCUCGCCGCACCUGGGAGACAGACCAGUGCUGGUAGUGAUUCGACCUCGCCUCGCC